AUGAUUAAACAAACUCUAAUUCACAUGAUGAAUCAUAAAAAUGAUGAGAUUGACAUAAGUGAAUAGAUACUAAAAAUUGGCCUUUCGAAAGUUUUCCAAGAACUAUCAAAACCAUUUGAUGGUUCUUUGUCCCCUGAAUAAAUAUUACGACUCCUAAGUGUAUUUCAUUAUAUGAUUCAAUAAUGUUCUCUCCCGAAGGACGUAUUCGCCGACUGCAAUAUAAGCAUGAUAACCAACACACUCAACACAAGUUUUGUAUUGGAGAGACUGCCCACUGAAUUGAACUUGACCAUCUCUAAAAGUGUGAACGUGGCACCUAGUUGGGAUAACGCGCCUAAGCAGUCUCUGGAGUAAAAUUACUUCAAAGAUGAACAGAAUUACAGGUAGAGUGCGACUGAUAAGAAAAUCUAUUUUUAAGAAGUCAGAGAACCUCUAACUUACCAAUAGAUUCUACAGGUCUAUUACAUCUAUUUAAAAAGAGUGUGCAUGUAGCAACUUUGUGAUAUUCCCGUUAUAGAUUGUUUCGUCAUCUAAAAUAUCUAAUGUUUGGGAUUAAGAAUAAUUGAAGGCCAGAGAAAUUCGAGACUUCGUUUUUGUUUUGAUUUAAUUCUCAAAGAUCUUGUUUCAUAUCAGAAUCAAACCAUCGAUUUAUUGUCUAAAUUCAUGAGCACCCAUGAUAUGAAUUAGACCUAAGAAAUUUAUUUAUAAAUGUAUUUGGUUAGCAAACAAUUGAAAUAUUACUGCAAUUUAAACAGAUGCAAUUUCGAUUAAUCCAAGUUUAAAGAGUUUAAGAAAAAUCACAACUUGUGCACAUACAAAUACAAGAUAUGCGAAUCCAAAGAGAGAAUGGAAAGAGACGAUUUGAAAGACAAUCACAAUUUCUAUAAGUAUGAAAGAACACAAUUAUAUAACUAAUUUUGA